UUUCAAUCCUCAAUUAAUAUUCCUAGGAGGAAAUCCCAGUAGAAAUCCUCGGAAGCCACAUGAACGACUUCCCUUCUCUUUGAAGAAAUUCCCCCAUCAUCUUCUUCGUUAGCUGAUAAUUUCUUAUGAGAAUUUUACCUCUAGAAAACAAAAGGUUCCAGCUUCCAAGCUUCUCUGACACAGAUUAGCUUGUCAGAAACCAAAUGUACUCACUUUCUGCUGCCUAUGUCCUCUAGAUCUUCUUCAAAUUGAAUAAACUCUUUACCAUUCAUGGCAAUUCCUUGAAGGAAAGUACUACUCUCUUUUCUACCUCUGUUUGUUUGCUCACAAAACUAUAGUUUGUUUCUUACACUUAAAGAGAUUUUACUAGCCUUUACCGUUAUUCUCCUCAUUUGAAUUAUCUUCUUUCAUGCAAGUAUCUUUGAGAUGUUAGCCCCACCAUGGCUGCUGCAUUCUCCAAAGCUUUUGAUAAGAUUUAUGUGCAAAGAGAAUUAACCACACUAGAAAAGUAGAAGGAGAAGGAAAGGAAGAACCCAUAGUUGACUUAGCUGCCACUUUGUUUCUUUUCAGAGAAUGGGGAAGAACUCCUGCUGCUACAAGCAGAAAUUGAGGAAGGGCUUGUGGUCUCCUGAGGAGGAUGAAAAGCUCCUCAAGCAUAUUACCAAGUAUGGCCAUGGAUGCUGGAGCUCAGUGCCUAUGCUUGCAGGUCUACAGAGAUGUGGUAAAAGCUGCAGGCUGAGGUGGAUAAACUAUCUCAGGCCUGAUUUGAAGCGAGGAACAUUCUCACAGCAAGAGGAGAACCUCAUCAUUGAGCUUCACAAAGUGUUAGGGAACAGGUGGUCUCAAAUUGCAGCACAAUUGCCUGGAAGAACUGAUAAUGAGAUAAAGAACUUGUGGAACUCUUGCAUUAAAAAGAAGCUGAGGCAGAGAGGGAUAGACCCAAGCACACACAAGCCACUCGUUGAAUUUGAAGGACAGCACGAGAAAAUAGCUGAAGCAACCGAAAGCCCAACUCCAGAACUAGCAAAGCAGACUAUGGAUCCAACAGAGACUUAUGUUCUGAACAAUUUUGUAAAGCCAGCCAAUUCUUUAGCAGCUAGCUACUUCUCUCUUCCGAAUUUAACUUACAACUCUGAGUGUGGAAAUAGCAUUGGCCAAAUUCAACAGCUUUGGUUCAAUCAAAGCAAUAAACUUUUCAACAACAUCAACUCAAACUCUGAGUUCAAUUUCAAUUCUGUAUCAAGCUUGUUACCAUCGGUUCUGAGAUCCACUCUUUCAACUUUAAAGGAGUUGAAACCUCUAACUAGUCUUUUAAUGGAAAAUUAUCCUCUGGGAUUCUCCUGGGAGGCAGGAAAUUCAAGCAAAAACAGUGAGAGCAGUGGAAGCAAUGAUCCACUUUUUGAUGGAAGCACCGUUUCAUGGACUCAGCUGAUGAUAGAAAGAGAUACAAAUGUCCAUCUGGAUGGAGUGAUGGAUGACCUCAAAUGGUCAGAAUAUCUUAAUAGCUCAAUUCCAUUAUCCACAGAACUUCAGAGCCAGAAUCCCGAGCUCUGUAAUGGAGUGAAGGUAGAAGAACAGUUUGGAAUUGAUGGCUUGAAUAUUUGGCUGCAGAAUCAUCAGCAGCAACAACGGCAAGAGAAGCAGCAGGCUUCUGAUAUUUACGGAAAGGACUGUCAGAGGGACAUGGUUUGUUAAAAGAGUAUUGUAAACUGUUAAAAAAAUACUCUUUUUUGAUAGAGCUUUCACUGCUUCUUGUGUGUGUGAUGAUGAUUAUGAUGAUUAUGAUUGCUUGAUUGCUUCUUGUAAGAGUAUAUUAGAUGGUCCUCCCAUAUAGAUAUAGGCCUUGGGAUUCUCUGAAAAUUCACAUUUCUUUUUUCACCUUUUGGAUAUUGUUUGUGUAGAUUGACAAGCUCAGGCCACCUCUUCUUCUAACCUUUGCAACUCUUUUAUUGUUCUUAAAAACUACUAUUUGGUUCUGUGGACUACUUAAAUGAUUAAUUUUUGCUAUGUCCUCCCCAUAAUCUCUCUCUUUCUCUCAAUCUGAGUAACAAGUU